UGCACGUUCAGUAACGAUGUCAUUGAAACUUCUAUAUAUAUUGUGUAUGGCUGCCUAUUCAGGUGUCACCAGGGGAAAGCGUCUUUGCGAUGUCGAGAUGCUUGGGAAGUGUUACUUUGUUUCACAGGAGUCCGUCGGUUGGACAGAUGCUCUCAGCAGUUGUCAAAAACAGGGAGGACACUUGGCUGUCAUUCAGGACAAAACCGAACGAAAAGCAUUGAACGUUCUUGCUAAAAGUAAUAAACGACUUUGGAUUGGCCUACGUGAUUUGGCAGUUGAUGGCAGUCCGCAUUGGGUUCACCCGAAAAUUAAGUAUGAUAACAAUAACAAAAAAUCCUACCCCUGGGCAUCUGAUGCUAGCAAGAGACAAGGACAUGACUGUGUAGUAGCUGUGGCAAAUGAAGACAAUAUGUUUGAGUGGCAAUAUAGUGACUGUCAAAACUCGGAAACAUUUCUGUGUGCCUCAGCAGCAGUUGGAUGUAACGAAUGUGUUACGCUAAAUACACCAAAUAGCUACAGUUAUCAGUAUAUCACUGAUGCGACAGGUCUUAUUCGUCUAACAUUUGAGGUUAAAGCAAACAACGACGUGCACAUUGGUUUGUCAGCUCAACAACAUGAUUUAUCAAACAUGUACGAAAUUGUGAUCGGUGGAUGGGGGAACUCACAGUCUGUUAUUCGUCGUAGCAAGCAAGGGUUCAAUCAGGUCGCUGUAUACACACCUGGUAUUCUAUCCUCAUCUGAGUUCAGAGGAUUCUGGUUGACAUGGCAAAAUGGUAAAAUCAAAGUCGGCAAGGCUGGUAAAGUCGAUUCUUUUAUGCAUUGGACUGAUCCAAAUCCACUCGUAGUCAGCUUCAUUGGGUAUUGCACUGGUUGGGGAAGUACAGGCGUAUUCAGUGUAUGUACUGAAUAUUAUGAUCCCGUAAUGGACAAGAUUGGUACAAAAACGAGAUCGACAUCACACCAGGAUCAUGUUUCAGUUUUCGGCAGUAUUGAAGGCAUUAACCGUGACUUGGAUCUUUUUGAAGGAGACAUUAUGUUAACAGCAGAGCAACGCCAACGAAGGGAAACAGGCGAACCAGUUUUAUCCAUUAAGAGAGGAAUUACAAAUGAAGUUUACUGGUACUGGCCUGAUAAUGUAGUAAACUACGUAUUUGACGAAGAUGACCCAUUAAAUGCCGAAGAUAGGAAUCUGGUGAGAGGAGCAUUGGAUGGUAUAGAAUCGGAUACAUGUGUGACUUUCGUUGAAGGAAUAGCGGACGAUUAUAUCAGCAUAACAAACGGAGAUGGGUGUUGGUCCUAUAUUGGAAGGAUUGGAGGCAAGCAGAUGUUGUCACUUCUAUCUCCAGAGGGUAAUGGUGGGACGUGUAUGUGGCUUGGAAUUAUUCAACACGAGUUUCUACAUGCACUUGGGUUUUACCACGAACAGUCUCGUUACGAUCGUGAUUGUUAUGUACAGAUUAUGUGGGAUAAUAUCAUAGAAGGGAUGGAGUCGAAUUUUGAGAUAGUUGAAAGACAAUGGAUGGACUUACAAGACACUCCUUACGAUUAUGGUUCAUUGAUGCACUAUGGGUGGAAUGCAUUUGCGAUCGACAACACACAGGCAACAAUAGUCACCAUCAACCCACCAGGUGUAGCGAUUGGUCAAAGAGACGGACUUAGUGAUUUGGAUAUAACAGAAGUGAACGGAAUAUAUGAUUGUACUAGCACUGGCAUCGAGUCAAUUUGGAGUGCUUGGGAAUCUUUAACGGAUUGUACUGAAACUUGUGGAGGUGGAACAAAAUUCAGAAGCAGGUAUUGUCUACAAGGAGAUUGUGAAGGUCCUAACUUUCAAGUACAGAACUGCAUGACUAUCGAUUGCCCGCUAGUUAUCAAUUAUCUGUAUCAAGGCUGUUUUGCCGAUGCCGGCAACCCACCAAUUCUUACUUCACUCGAAAACACAGGGAAUCCCCACUUAGGUGAACAUUAUACCGCACGAUCUGACAAAACCAGGAAAUGCGCAAGAGCUGCGGUAUAUGAAGGUCAUCCUUAUUUUGCUCUACGUAAUGGCGGGGAAUGCUAUGUAGCGUCAAACCCCCAACAAUAUUCAGUACAAGGAAAUUCAGAAAACUGUUUAGAAGGAUUAGGCACUGGCCAGAGUAUAGAUGUAUAUCUAGUGUGGGAGCCAAAGUGUGAAUUUGGAUCGGCAUAUUCAGCUGACGGUGUAACUCAGUACUGCGAUGUACCACGUGGUGUACAAGGAUUUCCGAUUGCUAACCUGUGUCCUGCAGGCUUUUCAUGCCAGCGAUUAAUAUCAGAAUCUGGAGCAUUCAGUGGUUUAUGCUGCCCGACACAGCUCUGUCGCGAUUAUUGUAGCAGUGCAGACGAACUAUUAGGGCGAGAGUGUUAUUGUGGUGGAAACUGUCACCAACGAGGGGAUUGCUGCUCUGAAUAUAUGGACGAAUGUGGAGAUACAAAACGUUGCUAUGGAUCUGGUGAUCCUCACUAUAAAACAUUUGACGGUACCUAUUAUGAUUAUCAGGGUUAUUGUAAUUACAUUCUGUUCACCAAUGAAUGUUUUGGAGAUACAUCAAACACACCUUUUUCGAUCAUUGUGGACAACGACCUUACACGGCCUGGUUCCCCUGUUUCAAUGACAAAGCAGGCUACAGUGAACGCUUAUGGAAUGGUGAUAGAGAUGCUCCCUGGAAAGGCUGUUACCAUUGACGGUGCACCAGUGUUCCCACCAGUUUACCCUUCUCCUUUUCUGGGCAUCACAAUUGCUGGUAACUACUUGGUUAUAACUACUGGUCAUGGAGUGAAAGUUUACAUGGGACGGAUGGUCCUUUGUCCAAGUGUAUGCGGUUACUGCUUUCUAUAACAACGCAUGUGGUCUUUGUGGAUUGUUCAAUGGUAUCUCAGGUGACGACUU